AUGGCGGUGGGUGGACUGUCUAUUCCCCCGGACCUUUCCUCCUGUUCAGAGGGAGAAGAGUCCGUAAUGGAUUUCUCUGACACCCCUAACAACAGUGUGGACGGCUUCUCUGAAGUGAAGAAAAAACGUAAGAGACCUCGUCACACUGCUUCGCCUAUCCCAUCCACCAAUGACGCACCAAUUCGAGUAAAGAAGUACCAGAAGAAUCAACCUGGACUUCGCUGGGUUGUAUAUAUUCGUCCCAAAAACAAACCCCUGAAAGUGGUGCAAAUUUGUAAAACUUUGCGCUUGAGAUAUACCAGCCUAAUAGAGGUAUAUAAGGUCAAAGCUGACAAAUUAAAGGUGACAUUUUCUGAUCUCGAACACGCUAAUGCGGUCGUUGAAGAUCAAAAUUUUACCAUUGAGUACCGGGUAUAUAUUCCGGCACGCGCUAUUGAGAUCGAGGGCGUGAUAACAGAACCCGAUCUUACAGAGAAAGAGAUACUGGAAGGAACUGGACGUUUUAAAAACCCAAACCUUCCAGAAAUAAAAAUUCUAGAAUGCCGAAGAAUGUAUUCUAAAGACAACAUGGGCAAAUACUCCCCGAACGACUCGUUUAGAGUGACGUUCGAAGGAAAAGUGCUUCCGGAUUAUUUAGAGCUAUUCAAACUCCGACUACCGGUUAGACUUUUCAUUCCGAAAGUAAUGACCUGUACUAAUUGUCUGCAGUUAGGGCACACGAAAGCCUACUGCAGUAAUAAGACUAAAUGUUGCAAGUGUGGUGCAAUAAUGGAGAAUAACCACACUUGUAGCGAACAGGAAGCAAAAUGCUCCUUAUGUGGUGGCAACCCACACAGAAUUGAAGAGUGCGCAAAGUAUAAGCUACGCUCUGACGCACUAAAAAAAUCGACCAGACAACGCAGUAAGCAGUCUUUCGCACAGAUGCUGAAGACAGCGUUACAGCAGGAGGAAAAUCGUUACUCCAGUUUGGAAAACGAUGAUUCAAAUGAUGACGAAGAGGAUUAUCAACCUCUGCUAUCAACCGGAGCUGUACGAAAACGGCCAAGUGCUUCUUCUCCUAAACUCCCUAGAAAGGAGCAGAAGAAGGCGCUUAAUGAUACCCCUCGUGGUUCCACUUCCAAGCAAAAUGCUAAAGCGUCACCACCAGGUUUCAAAGUUGUUUGCGAUAAAGAGUUCCCUAAGCUCCCAGGGAAACGAGCUGUUCCCACAGCUAAAUUGUCAUCGGAAUCUGAAAAACCGUCCUUUGAUGGUUUUGGGCCCAGGAACGAAUCCUGGACGCGUACCGGUUGUAUCAAGUGGAUUCCGGUCGUCGUGUCGUGA